AUGAACAAGGAAUACAAUGGGUUUGUCUUCAAAUCCAAAGAAAAUGUGAUACACCGCAAAGAAGCAGCUCCUUCUGUUGUGAAUAAAGAAAAGAAGAAGACUGCGCCAAGAGCCAGGGCUGAGUCCCUUGGGUUUUCUUUCAAGGUGAAGGCUGAGGAUGCACUCCCUGCGAAAGUGCGCACAGUCUCGGGCGCCAGAAAAACAAAAAAAGAGGCGGGCACCGCAGCGCCACAGAAAACAGGGAAAGUGCAGGAGAAGUUUGUAUUUAAGUUUGGAUCAGGCGGAAAGCCCGUGCAGGAGAAGAGUGCAGCAAAGAAAGAAACACCUGCUAAGCCUGUGGGGGAUAAUAAGCUGAAGAAAGCUCCCGUCACAAAAGCUGUAGGCUCUAGGCGCACAGCAAAGAAAGAGGACACUGCAGCAGACUCAGUGCUUCCAGAGGGUGCAGGAGAGAAGAGCAAAACAAGAUUUGGCAAAGUUAAUGUUAAAAACCCCGUUAAGAAAGCAGAACUGUGUGAAGAAACACUCUCUGGGGAGAAAGAUGCAGUUGCAGAAGAUAUGGUAGUUGAAAAGCCUGUAGCUCCUAGAGCCAAGAGCACAAGAGAAAAGAGAAAGACAGAGAAUACUUAUAAGGAUGACCCUGCAGCAGAAGAGUCUGCUAAUGAUAAUGCUGGCGUGCACAUGCCUCCAUCUGUCAUUAGGUCUGUAGACACUCGGCCAAUAGAAGAGACAAAAGAGCUGCAGCCUACUGAUCCAAUGGAGAGCGCAGAGAGCAGAAUGGAGAUAUCGCCUACUCGAAGAAUAUCCCCUAUUAAAAAGCCACGACAGAGUCUUUCUAUUCUUUCUGUGAAGUCAGCCAAUGGGUCUCUGCUCGACAACAUAACAACCACUCCUCUGGCACAGAGAAAGAGAAUGACAAUAGGGCCGUAUGACUUUAUGUCGCCUGUGAAGAUACGCAGGCUUUCUCUUGAUGUUUUUGAUAGCAAUAAGUGCUCGGUCUUUCAGACGCGCAGGGAGAGCCUGUUUGGAUACGACCAGAUAUACGGGGGAGGCGUUUCGCCUGAAGACUUCUACAGACACUCCAACUUGUCGCAGCCUGCAAAGACGCGAACGAAGCAGAUACUUUUGUGGAUUGCAAAAUACGUUGCAAAUGGGCACAUAAAGAUAGAAGGCAUUGCACAGGAGAAGGUCCAGGAGAUAUGCCAAAUGUACAUGAAAAGAAUAAGCUCGCUUGUUUUGCCUGAGAAAGAGAAAAAGAAGGAGAGCUCUUCGCUUAUAGUAGAGAAUGCAAACGGGGUGAUCCAGACCCUUCAAAUGGAGGCCAGCAGAUACAACAACGAAAUAGAAAAAUGGAAGGGCUUCUACAGCAGCCUUCUACACGCGUACACUCUCAAUGUUCCUUUGUACAUGCCAGAAGAAAACACGCGCAGGCUGUCUAUCCACAGACAGAGCCUGAACGGGCUUGUUUCAUUUGAUGCUACAGUCAUUGGAAGCUCUCCGCUGGACAUUAAGCGCAUUUUAGCGCGCAAUUUGGAAGAGCUGCACAGCUCUCUCAACUCGUCCAGAUACUUCAUGUUUCUCUCCCUGGAGUACACCAAAAGAGUGUGCGGCUCUCUGCUCGAGGCCUCCCAUCCGCUGGACAAGUCCAAGGCCAAUGCUCUGCUGCAUGUUCUUUGUAGAAUCUCACAAAAGCCAAGAUUAUAA